CGAUCUUGACACAAGUGUAGAGACCUUGUCGCUCACACAGUCUCUACCGUCGCGCUCGUUAGAGGCCGCAAAGACCUGACUGCAACACUCGCGACUCCCCGAACUUCUUUCGAUAUUUGGAGCAGCUCGGCCGCCAUGCAAACAAAGUCUUUCAGCCCUCAACAGCAGCAGCGGCGUGGGGUGUGCGGUAACGCCCACGCCCCUCGCCUGUCGCUUCGCCAUGCACCGCGGAGCUCUCGGUGCGCGCCCUGCCGCGUUGCCGCGCCCGAGGCGCCCACGACUGUCAGCGCGUCGACGCUGAACACGAGCUUUGUGCAGGACAAGCAACAGUACGAGGCCCUCUACAAGCGCUCCAUUGAGGACCCGGCCGGCUUCUGGGCCGAGAUCGCCGAGCAGUUCCACUGGGAGACCAAGUGGGAGCGCGACCACAUGCGCUACAACUUCGACGUGCGGGCCGGCCCCAUCUCUGUGGAGUGGUUCCGCGGCGCCACCACCAACAUCGCCUACAACUGCCUGGACAGGCACGUGCUUGCUGGCCGCGGCGACCAGACGUGCUUCAUCUGGGAGGGCAACGACGUGGGCCGCGAGAAGAGCAUGACGUACGCCGAGGCGCUGGACGAGGUCUGCAAGCUGGCCAACUGGCUGCGGGCUGCGGGCGUGAAGAAGGGCGACGCGGUGGCUGUGUACAUGCCCAUGCUGCUGGAGCUGCCGCUGGCCAUGCUGGCCUGCGCGCGCAUCGGCGCCGUGCACUCGGUGGUGUUUGGCGGCUUCAGCGCGGAGAGCCUGGCGCAGCGCAUGGAGGACUGCAAGGCCAAGGUGCUGCUGACGGCCUCGGGCGUGAUGCGCGGCCCCAAGUCCAUCGACCUGAAGAAGAUUGCGGACAAGGCAUGCAAGCUGAGCGCCGAGGCCGGACACACGGUGGAGCACGUGCUGGUGUACGAGAACGACAACGCCGUGCCCGCCGCCGACUGCCCCUUCACGCCCGGCCGCGACCGCUGGUGGCAGUCGGAGGUGGCGGCGCAGCCCACCACCUGCGCGCCGGAGUGGGUGGAGGCGGAGCACCCGCUGUUCCUGCUGUACACCUCGGGGUCCACGGGCAAGCCCAAGGGCGUGCUGCACAGCACGGGCGGCUACAUGGUGUACGCCGCCACCACCAUGCGGCACGUGUUCGGGCUGCAGCAGGGCGACGUGUACUGGUGCACAGCCGACUGCGGCUGGAUCACCGGCCACUCCUACCUGGCGUACGGCCCCCUGCUCAACGGCACCACACAGAUUGUGUUUGAGGGCGUGCCCACGCACCCCACGCCCGCCCGCUGCUGGGAGGUGGUGGCGGCGCACGGCGUGACGCAGUUCUACACGGCGCCCACCGCCAUCCGCUCGCUCAUGUCGUUUGGCGACCAGUGGGUGUCGCAGUGCGACACCAGCAGCCUCAAGCUGCUGGGCUCCGUGGGCGAGCCCAUCAACCCCGAGGCCUGGCGCUGGUACCACGAGGUGGUGGGCAAGGGCAAGUGCCCCAUCGUGGACACCUGGUGGCAGACGGAGACGGGCGGACACAUGAUCACGCCGCUGCCGGGCGCCUGGCCCGAGAAGCCCGGCAGCGCCACGCUGCCCUUCUUCGGCGUGCGGCCAGUGGUGCUGGACGAGAAGGGCAACGAGUUGCAGGGCGAGGCGGAGGGCAUCCUGGCCAUCUCCCAGCCCUGGCCCUCCACGUUGCGCACCGUGUACGGCGACCACGAGCGCUACCAGUCCAACUACUUCGGCCCCUUCCCCGGCUACUACUUCACCGGCGACGGCUGCCGGCGCGACGCGGACGGCUACUACUGGAUCACGGGCCGGGUGGACGACGUGAUCAACGUGAGCGGGCACCGCAUCGGCACGGCGGAGGUGGAGAGCGCGCUGGUGGCGCACCCCGCCUGCGCGGAGGCGGCGGUGGUGGGCUACGACCACCCCAUCAAGGGGCAGGGCAUCUACGCCUACGUCACCCUCAUGGCUGGCGUCGAGGCGACCAAGGAGCUGAAGAAGGAGCUUGUGGGCAGCGUGCGCUCCAUCAUCGGCGCCUUCGCCGCGCCCGACGUCAUCCACUGGGCUCCGGGGCUGCCCAAGACGCGCAGCGGCAAGAUCAUGCGGCGCGUGCUGCGCAAGAUCGCGAGCAAGGAGGAGGACCAGCUGGGCGACACCAGCACACUGGCGGACCCGGGCGUGGUGGCCACACUGGUGGAGCUGCGCGGCAAGUAGACAGGGGGGAGCUGAGAGGGGAGCUGAGAGGGGAGGGGGAGGAGCUGUGGGGGGUGGAGGAGGAGCUGUGGGGGGCGGGGGUGAGGCCUGCUGUUGUGGGGCCAUGGAGGCCUGGCGGCUGGUGGGUCAGCGGCCUGGAAGGCACCCGGGCGGAGGAGGCAUGGGUGCUGCUGGGCUGUGCAUGAGAGAGAGCGGCAAACGCGUGGGUAGGGGGGCAGCGCUGUGGGCGGCGCGGGCGGUCUGCGGAGGGGGGGGGGCUAGCGGGUAGGUGUGGGCGUGCGGCAGCAGGCAGAAGAGCCGCUCGUGUCUGCGUCACGUGCAGGCACGGGGGGAGGGGGACACGAGGGGCGGUGACUUUUAGGUGCUGUACCAUGACCUCGCACCAUGUGGGCUCGGCGCCCCGCACGCCGGCGCGCGGCGGAUAUAAGACUUGUUGUGUCGGAAUUCGACGGAGCACCGCUUUGCGUGAUCCAAGUUUUGCAGUUGAGAGCUCCCUAGGUGCUAUGGGAGGACUGUAGGCAGCGGCGUGAGUCAGAAGAGAAGAACAGAUGCCGGCACCUCCCUGCGUUGACCGAAAUGGAGAGCGCGAUGGUGCACGCGGUUUUACGUAUGCAGGUUGCGCUGCAUCGGCUGUUGAUUGAAUUACUGUGUGCGUGAGCAUUUUGUUUGUGUUUGUUUGCUUCGUGCUGUGUUCCCGAGUUGAGGGCACGGCGGUUGGUACGAGGGGCGGAUUCGCUGAUUAGACAUGCAUGUUUGUUCACGAGCAGCGGAGCUGCCUCGUGCGCAUUGGGCUACGCGCGAAGGCCCCCCUGCAUGCGUUGCACGGAGCGGGCGAAUGGUGCAAAAGGACGAAGAGUCGAAUGCGACAUGAGCAAGAAGAAGCAGAGUGUCAUUACCGUAUGCUGACCAGGCAGGUGUGUGAGGCAGGAGGGCAGUCAGGCAUAGAUGGUGCGUGGAGCUGGUGGGUGGGAGCACUGAGCUUGCGCCCCAUAGUACAGCUUUAAGAGAGUGCAAAAGUA